AUGGCCAGAACUAUCUAUAGUAGUGAUGAAAGUAUCACUGAUGCCAGUGCAAUUGAUCCUGUUGCAUAUGUUGAACCACAAAGUACCCGGAGUACACAGAAUAAUGAAAUUAAUACUAUAAAUGAGCCAGCCAAUAUAUAUGAUGAUAAGGACAAAAAACCCCCAAUAGAAUCUGAACCACCAAAGAAAAAGCAAGCAUUAUGGAAAAAACUUUUUAAUAUGGUACGACCGGGAUAUUUUCUUGACCAUUUAGAUUAUGAAUCGUUUAAGGUUGUCUUAAGGACAUGGGUGCAGAUUUGGGUAACGGUAGUAUUGAUGGUUAUACCGAGAGUUGGGAAUUGGAUGGGAAAUGCUUCGUAUUUGAUGCAAAUUGUUGGGUUUAUUAUUGUUGCUGGGGGGACACUGAUAGUCUUCAAUGCCUCGUUUACUAUCAUUUGCUUUUUUUACGUAAUGGUCUCAUGGCUCUUUGCUACUAUAGCCUUAUUAAUUAGCAAUAGAUUGAGAGGUUCGAUAACACCUGAAGAUUUGGCGAAAUUGCUUAUCCAGGAUGGCUCGUGUACAGCAGAAAACAUACUGACAUGUAUGAUAUCUCAGAUAUUUACAGGAAGAUUCUUAACCACCAGAUGCACGGUUGUAUUUAUAAUCUGUUUGAUGAUUGGUUUGACCAUGUAUGGGAUGUCCUUACGAUUACACCCCUUGUUAAGACCCGGGUUCGUAGCUGGCAUUAUUUCUCUAAUCAUUCUCACAAACUACUAUGUGUUUUUCCCGGUAUUUAUGCCUAAGGUGAUCGGAUAUAGUAUCAUAAAACCUAUGGGGGUAGCAUUCGUAACAAAAAUCGUAACUUCCAUCUUGAUUUUUCCCACCACUUCAAGCUUCUUAUACUUCAACGGCUCUUCUAAAAUCUUGAAUGGUUUAAGUAAAGCAACCAAAAACAAUAUAAAUUUCUUGAAGACUUUGAAGCCGUCAGGGCCUGAUUUCAUGCAUUUUAAGAAGUAUUCUGCAGCAAUUACAGGCUUUAGGAAUAAUAUUUCCCAGCUUGAAAUUGUAGCAAGUUCAAUAAAAUACGAAGUUUCUUUCGGUAGACUUGAUGCUGGUGAUGCUGGUGAAUUCAGGUACUUACUCAAGAACUUGAUUAAUUUAUCUGCGGGUUAUGAAUUUUUUUAUCAAUUACUUAGUGAGAGGCUUGAUAUUGUAUCAGAUAAUAUUAGAGGAUUGGGUCGCAGGGCAAGCACAUCUUCUACAUAUAACCCUAAAAAUACAACAGGUCAUUCCAAGCUUUUCACAGCUUUGCAGCAAUCGUAUAAAUCUGUUGGAGAGUAUGAAAAUAGUCGCCGUAUUAAACUUUUAAGGAACAGAAUUUACUCCACAGAUGCCUCAGAUUCUUUAACUUUACAGGAUUUAGAUAAUGUGUCUCGUUUCAUUACUACAUAUUUUACAUCAAUCCUAGAAGCAGUAGACUUUGGGAUUGAAAAUGUUACAAAAUGGCUAACUGCAGCAAAUAAAUUCAGAACUUAUACUAUAAUUAUUCCUGGAAGCAAGGAAAAGCAUAAACAAAUGCAACAGGAAUGCAGAAAAGGAUUAUUGGAGGCAAAAAGAAGAUUGAAAAAUGAAUUAGAAAGAUGGAGCGAUCAUAAACAUAUCGAAAAUUUAAUGCAAGGCACCACUAGAAAUGAAGAAGCCUUGUUAUGUCUUAUUAGUCAAGCUUCUUUGUUUCUAAAUUUAGCCAAAGACCAGUCCAAAGCUAUAAUGAGAAUGAUUGAUUUAUUUCUUUCUAUUGACGAAAAUAGACCAACCCCAAGUUUUAUUACGCCAUUUACCCAUUCAGUUAGAGAUUCAGCCCGUUAUAUUAACAGCUCAGUUGGGGCACCAGAAGAAAAUAGGUCUAGUUUUUGGCAAGAAGAAGUUUCUGCCAGAGAUGCUGAUGCAUUACCACCGUCACAUUUGUAUCAUUUUCUUGGCAUUAAGUGUGUUUCAUUUUAUGAAAUACUAUUAAACAAACAUCUUUGGUUUUGGAUAAGAGCAAGUGGACUCGUUACUGUUUGUUGUAUUCCUUUCUAUUGUAGAACUACUGCUGAGUGGUAUUAUAAUAAUAGAUUGACAUGGAUUCCAGUUGUAUGUUGUCUUACUGUUUCUGAAUACGUUGGUGAAGCUAUUUACGGUAUUCUUUCUAGAUUCUUCUAUGGUUUUGCAGCAGGUGUAAUUGGAAUGGUUGCAUGGUAUAUUUCUGCUGGUAGCGGUACUGGUAAUUACUAUGGUUAUUGUGUUGUAACUGGGAUUCUCUACUUCUAUUUAUGUUUUUUCAGACACUUCUCCAUUCAUCUAAAUCCUGUUCCACAAGUCCUUUUAUGUGUUACCGUUGCUUUAAUCAUGGGUACAAGUUGGAUUGAUGCUAAUUACGCACAGUCGUCAGGUUAUAUUGGAUAUGGUUUUACUGCUGCUUGGAAGAGACAUCUUAGUGUAACAAUCGCUAUAUCUAUUAGUUUCUUGGCCAGUUGUUUCCCAAGAGUAUCUACUAGUAAAGUUGUAAUCAGAAAGGUAUUGGCCCAAGCCAUAGAACAAAUCGGAGUCAUUCAUUGUAAUGUAUCCAGAUUUGGGUUGGGAAGAUUACAGAACCCUAAUAUUCAUAUAUUACGCAGGCACGAUGCAACUCUAGAAAAAUUCCGUACAGUAUUAUUAAAGCUUGCAAGUAUCACAAGAAUAAUGGGUCCGCUUCAGUAUGAGAUACCUAUAUCAGGCAAUUGGCCAGCAUCAAAAUAUGCUAGAUUACAAUCAUCAGUUACUGAUGUUGUUCAAUUGUAUGUUAUGCUUCUAUCACUUUUUGACCAACUUGAGGAACCUGAAUUCUGGGUACCUAUCAUCAUGGGUAGAAUGGGAUGGACAUGUGCUUCUAUGAAUGCAAAUUUUUUUUCUAUGGUUCAUAUGGGAGCUGGUUCAUUGAAAUCGAAAACUGCUUUACCUAAAAUUACCCAGGCAAAUCUUUCCAUACAACAUUUAGAUUUACUAAGAUCAAAAUGGGGCCUUGAGAAAAUUUCUUUAAGCGAACGGUUUUAUAACCAAGAAAAGGAUACUGAAAAGGAAUAUAGGGUUGAUGAAGGUGAGAGUUUGCAUGAUUCAAUGGUGAAAAAUUUGGAUUACGAAAAAUUAUUCAGUGCUGAUGGUCAGUGUAAUAUUGUUGCAUUAUUAUUAGCACAUAUGAUCUAUAGACGUCUUGAUGAAACAAUAAUUAUUAUCAAGUCCUUAGUAGGAGAGAAAUUUGAUUUCGAUUAUUCUAUAUUCGAAGAUGAAUACGAAAAUGAAUAUUGGAACUAUGAGUAA